AUGCGCUGCAGGUAUGCAAGGACCGAGUCCAUCGGUGGUGGUGUGUAUGGAGGCACUCGGAUAGGGGACUCUUCAAACAUCCGCUCUUGCCUUUCUUCUUGGGGUUGUGAAGUCUCACUGGGUCCCUUCCUUGCCUCGUCUCUUCGAGGGAUGAGAUUUUGGGUCGUGGAGCGGGUUGGGGCUGUGGUUGCUGUGGAGGAGGGGCUUAUUGAGAUGGUUGGGGAGUGGCUACCCUCGUCCUUGGGCAUUGAGUUGGAGGCUGGGGUGGAGAAGGUGAGGAUUCUCCUCUUUGUCUUGAAGAAGAGCCGAUUCUCCUUGCAGAUCUCUUCGCAGGAGCCAUGGGGAAAAUAUAUACUCUUAUGUUCUAAUUCUAGCGUUUUGUUUCCUUCCACUUUGAGGCGUGUUAUAGUUUGGUUUAAUGCUGGAUCUACCCCACGAGAAGGAUUUGGGCUGAGGCAAUAUAACUAUGAUGAACUAGCAGAAGCAACUGAUAAGUUUUCCAACAGAAACUUCCUCGGCGAGGGCGGUUUUAGUCUAGUCUAUGAGGGAAUACUAGAUGGGAAAAAAGUUGCUAUUAAGAAACUAAAAAUUCGUCCGGAUGAACGGUCGCAGUCGGAAGAAGAAUCGAAGGAGGAGAUUAAGGUUAUUAGCAGAGUGAGUCACAAAAAUCUUGUUAAGCUGCUUGGAUACUGCAUUGAAGGAGACGAUAUAUUGCUUAUUUUGGAGUAUGUUCCCAAAAAAUCCUUGAAACAUCAUUUACAUGGAGAGACGACUUUGGAGUGGACAAAGAGAAUGAAAAUCGCCAUAGGAACAGCUAAAGGGCUGGAAUAUUUACAUGAAAACUGUACACCCAAAAUCAUUCACCGUGAUGUUAAGGCCGAAAAUAUACUUAUUGACGAUAAGUAUGAGCCAAAGAUAGCAGAUUUUGGACUUGCCCUUCUUUUUCCGGAAACUGGUAGCCCCACUCACAUCACUAGAUCAAACAAGGGAACUCAAGCUGAUCUCCCUCUUUGGAACUUCCUUUGCCUUCCCCACGGGAAUUGACUCUACAUUGUCAAACGGAGCUCAGGGUCCAGAUCCUUCAUUCCUGGAUCCAACUCCAACCAAUGGAAGAGAUGACCCUCCAGAUGCAAGACUGCCCAAUGGCGGAGGACAGGUUCAGUCAAUUUGUGCUGAGUUAAAGUCUGUUGAAGGAUAUAUACGUAUAGGAGAAACACAGUUUGAGAAGAAUGACAACAUA